UGAACGGUCCUAUAUCCUUUUUCAUACACAUCCUACUCUUCUUCCCUCUCCCUCUCUGCUCUCUGCUCUCUCUCUCUCUCUCUCUCGCAGAAUCUCUGCAUCUCCCGGCCGCCUUACUCCGGCCGCUCUCCGGCGGGCCUCUCUCCCCGUCCACAUUGCCAUGCAAAGGUACUUCCUUUAAGCAUUUGAGCCCGGCAGCUGUCUCUGCCUGCUCUGCUCUAACUGAGCUCGGCUUAAAGAUGAGUUUAGUCCUUCUCCUUUAACCAGCCAAGCGUCUUAUCUCUCUCACUUCCUCUUUCUCUCUCCAAGACAACGUGUUCCUCUUGCUCCCUUCUCCUCCCAGGUUAGCUCGCUCUGCUCUGCUUUUUCUCUUUUAAGCCCCACUGCUGCCUGCUUCUUGAAGAAAGAGGUUUAAUCUCUUCGUUCCCAGAUCUAAGCUCUGCUCUGAUUCCAAGUCAUUAGCUGACCCAUGUGGCGUUUUGUCGGUUUGGUCUGUUUCUCUGGUUUGUUCCUGUAGCAGUAAGCUCCGAGGUUCUUGGGUUGUUCAUUUAGUUCCAAAUUGUCAUCUCUGUGCUUGGGAAAUUCCACUUUCACCCCCUUUUCAUCUUCAAAGGCAGUAGCUUUUCUGUUCCCAUGAUAGCGACUGUAUUGAGCAAACAGCACCUCGAGGCGUAACUCGGGUUGAACCAGUACCUGAUUUCUCCUCUCCGGUUCUCGGAGAGACUCCUUUCGUUUCAUCCAGCUCCCAGUCAAUCUUGUGAAGCUCAAAUCUGCAAGUGUGGGUGAUUAUCGGUAACUAUCUCGAAUUGCCCAGCUGCAAUUUUAGAAUCUAAUCUGGGUUUCUUGAAUAUCUGACUUUCUUGGCCUUCCCAUUGAAUUGUUCUUGCUCCAUGUUGAAUAAUCGUCCCUUCAGAAUUCUUGAGAUUGGUCGAUACCUAACAAAGGAUUGAAAAUGUGGCCCCUUGCUUGCUUCGUUUCGCAUGCUAAUUCGUUGUCCCCCAUGAUGGUUGAUCUUGAAAGUUUAUACUGAUUACUGGAAUUUUCAACCAUUCGCCUAAUAACUCCGCUAUUGUCUGUAGUACCUUUUGAUAUGUCACCCUUGGAUCUGUAGUUAGUCUGGGAACAUCGUCUACAUGUCCUUUCCUUUCCACCUAUAGUCUAUUCCUGGGAAGCAUGGCCUCGCAGGCCAACAUCCUUCUCAAAUUCCAUUUCUGGCUCCACAUCUCCAUUGGGUUCUCCCUGUUUUGCUUGGCUGUUUCUCAAAUCCCCUUGGGCUCAAAAAUCUCCGUUGUUGAUCGCAACCUGUGGGUCUCCUCCAACGGCAAUUUCGCGCUUGGUUUCUUCAACAGUUCCAGUCAGCCCUGCCAGUACAGUUUUGGGAUACGCUUCAACUCGGAUUCGAUCCCUGUUGCUGAGAGAACUGUGGUUUGGGUAGCCGGAGCCGAUCUCGCUGUCAGUAACAAGUCAUACUUUCAGAUCACUGGAGAUGGGGAACUCAUUCUAUUCGACUCCUCGAUGGGAGUUGUUGCCUGGAGCAGUAGUACGAGCCAACUUUCGGUUUCUUCUGCUCUUCUUCACGAUAAUGGGAACUUUGUUCUUCUGAAUCAAAAGAAGGAAAUUGUGUGGCAGAGUUUUGAUACUCCUUCCGAUACGCUUCUUCCUGGGCAGAAAUUACCUCUUUUUAGCUCUCUCCGAGCCGCAAAAGUGGACUCUGUGUCAAGCUACUACAGCCUGUACAUGAAUGCUUCGGGCGAAUUGCAGCUCAGGUGGGAGAGUGAUGUUAUCUAUUGGACCAGAGGAAGCCCAAGCUCAAAUAAUUCAAACAUGAGUGCUGUGCUCACAGGUGAUGGCUCCCUCCAACUCCUAGGCCAGGAAUCUGAUAAACCUGUCUGGGCCCUUUUGGGGGAUGAUCACAAUGAUCCAGUCAAGUUCCGGUUUCUCAGGCUUGACGUUGAUGGGAAUCUGAGAAUGUACUCAUGGGACCAGCUUACGUUGAUGUGGCGAUCCGUGUGGCAGGCAGUGGAGAAUCAGUGUAAUGUCUUUGCAACUUGUGGAGAGCGAGGAAUCUGUUCCUUGAAUGUCUCGGGCUCUGCUGAGUGUAUGUGCCCCUAUGGCUCUCAAUCUUCCUCCAGGUCCCAUUGUUUAGUUCCGUAUCAGGAAGGAUGCAAAUGGGGUUCUAUUAUGCUCGAGUACGAGCACACUUUUCUUCAUGGGAUGUACCCUCCUAAUGAUUCGGCCAUCACAACAAGCUUGCAGAACUGUAAAGAUUCAUGUGAGAAAGAUCCUCUUUGCACAGCUGCGACCUUCACUAAUGAUGGCACUGCCAAGUGUUUCAUAAAGACUACUCGGUAUUUGACGGGCUAUAGCUAUAACUAUAUAACUGCUGUGUCUUUUGUCAAGAAGUGUUCGGACCCACUUGCCGUUGACCCAAAUCUACCAAGAUCUUCUCCUGCAAGUGAGCCAGCUUCUUCGAUCGAGAAAUCUUCUUAUAAAUUUUGCAUUCCUUGCCUAGUGGGAGCUUCCUCGGGAACUUUCAUUGCAUUUGUUCUCAUUCAAUUAGGAAUUGGGUUCUAUAUCUACAAAAGAAGGCACUCUCUUUGGAUGAAGGCCAUAUCAGCUCGCAAGAAUGCUAACUCGAAGGGUUUGGUUAUGUUUACUCUUGUUGAGAUAAAUGAAAUUACUGGAGAUUUCAAGCAUCGAAUCGGGCCGAAUAUGUACAAAGGAAUGCUCCUGAAUAGACAAGCAGUAGCUGUCAAAGACCUUGUUACGACUGUGGUAGACAGGAAAUUUCGCGUUGCAGUCUUGAAGAUAGGAAGCAUUCAUCACAGGAACCUUGUAAAAUUGGAAGGCCACUGCUGCGAGUCUUCUCAAAGGUACUUAGUCUACGAGUAUGCGAAGAAUGGUUCUCUGGAGAAGUAUAUAGAAGAUCCCGAGAUGAGUAAGAGGCUGACUUGGAGGAAGAGAAUGGAUAUAUGUGUCAGUGUGGCAAGGGCGGUAUGUUACUUGCACAGUGAGUGUAGAGAGUUUGUGGGACACGGGAACUUGAAGUCCACAAAUGUUGUCCUUGACGAGUAUUUCGAGGCCAAGGUGAGCGAGUUUGGACUGAUGAGUAUUGUUGCUGAGUCUGCAAGCCGUGCCACUUCUGCAGCAGAGAAUGACGUGGAGGAUUUCGGGAAGCUAGUCCUAGAGUUGGUGAGUGGAUGCAGAGAAGUCAGGAAUUUUCUGAUGGGGGCUUACGAGCAGUGGAGAGACGGAAAGGCCGAAGAUCUGGUCUGCAAGGAGAUCCAGGAAGUUGAUUCGGGAGAGCUGGAGAGAGUCCUAAGAAUCGCAUUUUGGUGCCUUCAAGUUGACGAGAGGCUGAGGCCUUCAAUGGGGGAGGUGGUUAAGGUGCUGGAGGGGACUCUGAGUGUCGAUCCUCCUCCUCCGCCAUUUUCAGACAAGAGGCCAGCCGUAGAAGAAGACGAACGCGAGGGUCGCUUUAGCUCAGGCUCCGAGUCAGUCUGAAGAUGUGACAGGCUCGGGUUUUUGUUCGGUCGACAAGUUUUUGUACAGUAGAGACUAACAAUGCAAGUGUAUGCAAAUGGCCUCUUAGGCAGAGUCAAGAACUCAGAUGCUAACUGUUUAUUUCCUUCUGCUGCUAAUGUUAGAUCUCUGUAAAUUGUUGUUAUUGAGCUAAUGAGAUCUUCAAUGAGCCGCUUCUUUAUCUCAG